CUCCGCCCCACCUAAGAGCUUAUGCUGCUUGUUCGGUUUGGCGGUGUUCAGGAUGAUUGCUUAUGCUGCUUGUUUAGAAGGGUCUGAUCCAGUUCGGCUCUUUGACAAGAGAGUGAACGCGAAAAGAGAGCCUGGUUAUGUUUUCGACAAGGUCGUCCUGCUGCAAUACAAUCACAUGAGCUUUGGCGGGGCUCCUGUUGAGGUAGAGACAGAAGAAGAGGCAGAAGAGUUGAUGCUACAAAAUGAUAAGGAUUCUGCAAACGGUAAUCAGCUCAAUAGGUUUUAGAAUAUAUAAACAUUUUUGGUUGGCGUCUGUUUAAGCUAAUAAAACUAUUUGGUUGUUGCAUACUUGCAUUGAUGCUUGAAUUGUAGGCCGUGGUCAUCAUUUUCAUAGUUAUUUCAGUAGGUUGAUCAUUGUGAAAACACUAUGGCUUGUGAUCUACGCCUUCGGUAAGUUGAAGAUAAAAUGUAAAUGUGAGUUUGUUACCAGAGAUGAGAGAUUUUUUGUGUCUCCAACUCCACCUGAUGACUAUGACAUUCACAUGGUGCUGAUAUGUGGAUGAUAGAAAUUCUUCUCAAUAGUGGGUUACUGUAAGAAAAUUAUCAGUUAUUUUCAUUUGUUGACAUCAUGCUGCCAGGAAAUUGUUCAUGUUCCCUAGCCAAAACUUGAAUGUAAUUUAUAUACUCAAACUUCGGGACUACUGAUCUGCCUUGUGAAGCUUUUGGUUCUACCUUAUAUAUGGUACCAAGGUUAAUCUCUUCUAAUCAAUAUUGCUAGAAAAAAAUAGCCAUUUCUUCUCUUUCCUGAAAUGCACUAUUUUUUACUUUUAAGAAUAGAACUGACAUGGAAAAGUGUGUUUCUGCGUCUAUUAUAACAUGGGUUGAGAUAGAAGCAUACUGAAACUUCUGUAAGGGUGCAAGCAUGUGUAAUCACUACACACAGAGUUGGGAGAAAUAAUGAUUAUGUUGUUCCACAUCAUUUAUUGUCCAUCUUUUUGACUGUUUAUUGUGCAGUUAUGUAAGUUAAUGCCUGUUAAGGUCUUAGGUGAAAGUUAUCAAAGUUCAUGCUAUCUUUUCCAGCUCUUCAUUUGACUUCCUUUGAUGAAGUCAAGGCAGUCAUUAUUGGACAGAUUAUGUGAAGGUGGAGAAUUAUUAGAAAGAAUUUUAUCCAGAGGUGGAAGGUACUCAGAGGAGGAUGCAAAAGCUAUAGUUAUUCAAAUACUGAGUGUAAUCGCCUUUUGUCAUCUUCAAGGUGUUGUGCAUCGUGAUUUAAAGCCAGAGAAUUUUCUUUUCACCACUAGAGAUGAAAAUGCUCAGAUGAAGUUGAUUGAUUUUGGCCUUUCCGAUUUUGUUAAACCAGUUUACAAAUCUCAAGUACUCCAGAGUUGAAAUUGAU